AAAAAAAAAAAGCGUGCAUGACGGUUCUAUCUCAAGUAGACAGAUGACCGAAGGCUUCACGUUAGUAUACGAUGAUACAUCUGUCAAUGGAACGAUUAUGACCAAUGCUGACGUUGAAGCCAAAAAUGAUGAAUGGAGAUUAUUAUAUGAGGUGGUGUGUACCGCGCCAGCAGCGUUUGGCAGGAUAAAGAAUUCCUUCGUGACGUACCAGGGUCCAACGACCACUGUAGUAGGCAGAGUUACUAUUACACCAGACAUUCAUCCUGCAAAUGUAUUCCAUACUGCACUAGGAACUAAUUACAUGGAAGUAAGGUUGAUGUCAAAUAUCAGCCAGCCUAUUGAAGCAACUGUUAGAAUGUACCAACGCAACGGGGCAGGGAAAGCGUUUGGUGAACCCGCUUUCCAUCUAAUGAUCUUUGUUCUAAUAUACUUUGGUAUUUCUAGUUUUACAUAAUUAUUUUGCUCGUAAUUUUUAGCAUAAUUUAGUUUUUGAACACAAACCAAAUUGUGUCAGGAAUAUUUUUUGAUAUAAUUUUAUUUGUUAUCGCAUUCGACCACGGUUGGAAAAGUUAAGUUAGAUUUAAGAUGUAAGUUAAGUAUAAUCUAUAUAUGUAUAUAUAAAUCAAUUGCUGUUCGUUAGUUUUGCUAAAAAAGUCAAGAACAGCUAGACCGAUUCGGCAAAUUUAGGUCAUGAAUUAUUUGUGGAAGUCCAGGGAAGGUUUAAAAAUGGUUCAGGCGGUACGAAGUUUGCCAGGUCAGCUAGUAUUGUAAUAUUAAUGUUCAAAUUGAUUAUAACACACAUGGAGAGGAAACCAUCAAAACUGGUGCUGAAAUUAUCAUUUUAAUCUUACCACACCUUUCACAACUAGUUUAUAAAGGACAAUUAAAAUUUUCAAUUAUAAAAUUAAAAUUUACUAUUAAAAUACAAUUAAAUAUAAACAGACAUUACAAGAACGACAUAUCCUACAAUCUUUAAUGAACCCUGUGUUUCACAAAUAAAUACUUUUACUUUGAUUUUCACUAUUCGACAGUUCACACUCGAAGAAGCUAGGAAAAAUUUUGACUGAUCAAAAAUUUUCUUUCUUUAGCAACACUUGUAAUAAAAUUAUCGAUACCAGCUCCCAGUAGGUUGUAUUAUGCUACUACUCGCUCUCACCAUGAGUGAGAUCUGCCCAAUUAUGUAGUGAUAACCACUGGGAUAUUUUUUAAAUUUGUGAUAUCAUAGCCCCAAAACAGGAUUGCGUCCUGUAUCGUGUGUAUGUGUGUCAAGUAAGAACCCACAAUACGAACUGUAUUUGCUCUCCACUAUUGUUAAAACUGUUAUACAAAUAAAUGAUAUUGUUAAAAA